GUGGUAAAUCCCGGUCCUGCCUCUGACUGUAAUACGGCCCAGAGCUCUCUGCUGUCCCCCGUAGUGUAAUUUCUCUGCCUCCCUCGGCUGCUCCGCGUCUCCUGUGCCGCCAUUAAAGCCCCGUCAGCUUGGUGUUUGGAAAAUCGGGAAAAGGACUUGAUAAAAAUGAUUUAGAGCGCCAAAGCAGACGGUCGAGGGACGGGACUUGGGGUGGGGGGUUCUUCGCUCCGCGGUACGUAUGGACCUUCGACUGCCAACCGGUCGGCGCCCCAAAGAAGUAAAUAUGCGGCUACGGUGGGCCAAGUGAGAGAAGCCUGAGUUCGGAUCGGAGCGGGUUCCUCUGGGCGGGGGAAGGGGGGCAACUCGUGGAAGCACCGUUGGUUUUGGCUGCAGUGGCAAAGUAAGGAGUGUGAACACGGCAAAGCAAAGUGUGCCGCUUGCUGUGUGAUCUCCUCGAGAGUGGAUCUGCUGAGCUGAGAGUCCCUCUGAACGGCAGAAAGCCUCCUCCGGCGGCGGUGCGACGAUGACCGAGCUGGUUGCCAAGUGGGCCUGUGAAUACUGCACAUACGAGAACUGGCCGUCAGCCAUCAAGUGCACCAUGUGCCGCGCGCAGAACCCCAGCGGGGGUGCCAUCAUUACUGAGGAGCCCUUCAAGAGCAGCCCUGCUCUGGACGCUGGUCUGCACCAGUGGGACCCCAUGGGCCACAGCAACAGCCCACCCCAGGGGGGCUCCAGCUUACUUAUUUGUCCCGACUCCAGUGCUCGACCCCGUGUCCGCAUUGCUGAUAAACCUGAGACUAGUAGCAAGUGGUCAUGCCACAUGUGUACCUACCUGAACUGGCCUCGGGCCAUCCGUUGCACUCAGUGUCUGUGCCAGAGGCAGCACGCUCAACAACAGCAGCAUGGGCAACAUGCAACCCAUCGAGGACAUCUUACCCAGCAACCACGCAGCCCCACAGAGGCACCCCAGACCUCCGGCUCUGGAUGCCGACCUGCUCCCCUGGCCACCACUACAGACCCCUGUGAGGAAUAUAAUGACCGUAACAGACUUAACACUCACGUACAGCACUGGACCUGCACUGCCUGCACUUACGAGAACUGGGCACAAAAAUGUGUCGUGUGUGACCACCCCAGACCAAAUAGUCUUCUAACUGAACCCAUCGAACUGGCAUCAGAGCCCGAGAGCCAACAGCCUUCCUCAAAACAUAAUGAACAGGACAGGGACAAUAAGAGGGGUGUUGUUGGGCAUGUGGUUGGACAAGGAGUGGGAAGUGUGGUAGGUGGGGUGGGCGGUUGUAGCAGCAGCCUAAGGAGGUCUCCCCCGGUCUCAAAACGGGAGUCAGAGCUGAACAUGGACUUUCAGAGGAUUGAAUUGGCGUCAGGGGCUGGGAUUGGGAGCAAAGAGGAGCUGGAGGUGGAUUUCAAAAAACUGAAGCAGAUUAAGAACAGGAUGAGAAGGACUGACUGGCUCUUCCUCAAUGCCUGUGUUGGUGUGGUGGAAGGCGACCUGGCGGCUGUAGAGGCCUACAAGUCCUCGGGAGGUGACAUUGCGCGGCAGCUAUCAUCAGACGAGGUGCGCCUAUUAAAUCGUCCCUCUGCAUUUGAUGACGGCUUCACGCUGGUUCACCUCGCCAUCCGCUUCCAGAGGCAGGACAUGCUGGCUGUUUUACUCACAGAGGUGUCCCAACAGGCAGCCAAGUGUAUUCCAGCCAUGGUGUGUCCGGAGCUGACAGAGCAGAUCCGUCGUGAGGUCGCGGCCUCUCUUCACCAGCGCAAGGGAGACUUCACCUGCUAUUUUCUCACAGACUUGGUGACCUUCACCCUGCCUGCAGACAUUGAGGACUUGCCCCCAGCAGUUCAGGAAAAACUGUUUGAUGAGGUGCUGGACCGGGACGUACAAAAAGAACUGGAAGAGGAGUCUCCCAUCAUCAACUGGUCCCUGGAGCUCGGGACCAGGUUAGACAGCCGGCUGUAUGCCCUGUGGAACCGCACGGCAGGGGAUUGUCUGCUUGACUCUGUGCUGCAGGCGACAUGGGGCAUCUAUGACAAGGACUCGGUGCUGCGCAAGACCCUCCACGACAGCCUGCACGACUGCUCUCACUGGUUUUACACGCGCUGGAAGGAGUGGGAGUCUUGGUAUUCCCAGAGCUUUGGCCUGCACUUCUCACUGCGGGAGGAACAGUGGCAGGAAGACUGGGCGUUCAUCCUUUCCCUGGCUAGUCAGCCAGGAUCCAGCUUGGAGCAGACCCACAUCUUCGUUCUUGCACACAUACUUCGUAGGCCCAUCAUCGUCUAUGGAGUGAAGUAUUACAAAAGUUUCCGUGGCGAAACACUCGGCUAUACCCGUUUUCAAGGUGUGUACCUGCCCCUUUUGUGGGAGCAGAGUUUCUGCUGGAAGAGCCCCAUCGCUCUGGGCUACACGCGGGGCCACUUCUCCGCACUGGUCGCCAUGGAGAACGACGGCUUCGACAAUCGCGGCGCGGGCGCCAACCUCAACACGGAUGACGACGUGACCGUCACGUUCCUGCCGCUGGUCGACAGCGAGAGGAAGCUGCUUCACAUUCACUUCCUCUCAGCGCAGGAAGUAAGCGCCCUCAACCACUUCUGGUUUCUUUUUGAAAUUCCGCUUGUGAUUAUGGGAAACGAGGAACAACAGGAGAAGCUGCUGCGGGAGUGGUUGGACUGCUGCGUGACCGAAGGCGGAGUCCUGGUGGCUCUCCAGAAAAGUUCCCGCCGCCGCAACCACCCACUCGUGACCCAGAUGGUAGAGAAGUGGCUGGACGGCUACCGGCAGAUCCGACCCUGCGUGUCUUUGUCCGAUGGUGAAGAGGAGGAAGACGACGAGGACGAGUGAUCAAACUGAAGCAGGGGGAGUGCAGGACUCUUCUCCCUCCUCUCACUCAGAGGAUUUUUAGAUUUUUUCCUGACACGGACAAACUGUGAAAGCCUUCAGGAGAGGACAGGACACCAAAAGUCCAGAUCCACCUUUCACCUGACAAAGGCACUGCUGCUCCUCCAGCACACACAGGCAUAAAACACAUGAAACACUGAGACUGACAAACUCCACAGCGCUGGGGAGAGAAUCAAGGUUUACAAAUGCAAAUUACCUUUUUGGUUUGUUUUGAAUUUUCAAAAUGUAAAGGAAUAUCCAUAGAUGUAAAUGCAUGUUGUUGUUUUAAAAAAAAAAAGAAUAUAAGGAAAUAUACCAGCAUUGAUUCAAAUCAACAAUUUAUAUCCGUUAUGGGCACUGACAAAAGCACACUUCCAAAAUCAAUGUUCUGAUGUUUUCUUCUCCAGUUGUCUAAGAGUUGACUGGUUUAGCUUUAGUUUUUUUUUUUUUUUGAACGGGCAGGGAUGAAGCCAAUACCAUUAUCUUUAGAGAAGCAGAGAUUGUGUAAUAAAAAAUUACUUUAAUCUUUAUUACUUAUGCACUGCACAUUUAUGAAAAACAUUUCUAUAUAAAUACAGUAUCAUUGCUUGAAUUAAGGUCAUUGUAUGAAGCUCUUGAAAAGGGUGUUUUUCCCUUUACAAGUCAAAUCUCACUACGGUUUAGCACACACAACAUUCAUGUUGGAUCUUUGGUUUACCUUUUUUCAGACUGACUGAACUAAGAAGUUGCGUGCGUGCGUGCGUGUGUGUGCGUGGGGGUGUGUGUACACGUGUGGGUUUUUCUUCUCAGUACUUAACAUAUUUAUUGUUUGGAAACUUAUGUGAGCUAAUAAAAGCUUUCCGUAUAUAUUUUUAUUUCUACUUUUCGUGGUUUUGUUAAUUAUUCUCUCAAUCUUGAUGAAGACAUGUCGCACAGAAACACUGUCGCUGUGAGGAAAGAACCAACCAUGAUAUUUUGGACGCCUCAAAUUUGGUGCUCUUGUUUUGUUUGUUUUUGGAGGGGGGGCAGGUGAGCAUGGGAGUGAGACACAUUGUCGGUGUCGACUUAAACCCAGAGUCACGCUUGUGUUGCUGUCAUCUCCUACUUUCUCUUUGCGCAUUCUUUCCACAUAGCGUUUGUCACUGUCACUGUCACGGUACAUGUCGGUUCGCCUCCCCUGUAGACGCCAGACUGUUGUCAUUAUGUAAAUCAAUCUUUUAAGUUUUCGAUCAAGGGGUGUUGUUAAACUGCAACAUAUAAAACCAAAGCUGACAGAAGAAAAAAAAAGAAAAGUUUUUGUUCCUUUUUUUUUUUUGCUGUGAAUGUUUGCAUUUAGUUUUUUCCCAUUGCGUACUGUAAACUCUUUAGUGUUUCAUUCGAGUCACACGUUUUGAGCAUCACCUGUAUGUUGCUUUAUAUUUAUGCAAUAGUUGCAGUUGUGACCAUAAUGCUUUGUGGAUUUAGGCCUGACUUCACUAUACGGAGUGUAAUGGAAAGAACAGGUAAAACAAAGGAAAAAAAUAAAGGAAAACCUUUUUGAAUGUCCAACUAAA